AUGUCUGAUUACGUCGAAAUAUUGAAAAGAGGUGGUAAUGAAGCCAUCAAAAUCAACCCUCCAACUGGUGCUGAUUUCCACAUUACAUCUCGUGGCUCAGAUUGGCUUUUUACCGUCUUUUGUGUCAACUUACUAUUUGGUGUGAUUCUAGUCCCACUAAUGUUUAGAAAGCCAGUUAGGGAUAGAUUCGUGUAUUAUACCGCCAUUGCUCCAAAUUUGUUUAUGUCCAUUGCCUAUUUCACCAUGGCUUCCAAUUUGGGUUGGAUUCCAGUUAGAGCAAAGUACAAUCAUGUUCAAACUUCCACUCAAAAAGAACAUCCUGGUUACAGACAAAUUUUCUACGCUAGAUAUGUUGGAUGGUUUUUGGCUUUCCCAUGGCCAAUUAUUCAAAUGUCCCUACUUGGUGGUACUCCAUUAUGGCAAAUUGCUUUCAAUGUUGGUAUGACUGAAAUAUUCACUGUUUGUUGGUUAAUCGCUGCUUGCGUCCACUCCACUUACAAAUGGGGUUACUACACCAUCGGUAUUGGUGCUGCAAUUGUCGUUUGUAUUAGUUUAAUGACUACGACUUUCACCUUGGUUAAAGCUAGAGGUAAAGAUGUAUCUAACGUCUUUAUCACCUUCAUGAGUAUCAUCAUGUUUUUAUGGUUGAUUGCAUAUCCAACUUGUUUUGGUAUUACUGAUGGUGGUAACGUUCUACAACCAGAUUCCGCUACCAUUUUCUACGGUAUUAUUGAUUUGUUGAUCUUAUCCGUCAUGCCAGUUCUUUUUAUGCCAUUAGCUAACUACCUAGGAAUUGAAAGAUUAGGUUUAAUCUUCGACAAAGCACCCGAGAGUGUUGGCCCAGUUGCAGAAAAGAAAAUGCCAUCUCCAGCUUCUUUCAAGUCAUCUGACUCUGACUCCAGUAUUAAGGAAAAGUUAAAACUAAAGAAGAAGCAUAAGAAGGACAAGAAGAAGGCAAAGAAGGCAAAGAAGGCAAAGAAGGCAAAGAAGGCCAAAAAGGCUAAAGAGGAAGAGGAGGAUGUAGCCACUGAAUCUGAAUAG